AUGAGAUUCACUUCCACAUCUCUGCUUCUCCUGCUGCUGGCCAUCAGCACGUCUCCAGUCCAAGGUUUUCUGGAGGCCAAUUACACAACCUUAAAGUGUAACUGCAUGCAAGAGACCUCAUCUUUUAUCCCCUUUCACCUUAUUCAGCGGUUUCAAAUCUUCCCUCCUGGAAGUGGCUGCCCAAAUGUAGAAGUCAUAAUCUGGUUGAAGACUAACACUAUUAUAUGCUUGAACCCUCGGGCCAAAUGGUUCCAAAAAUUCUUGAAGGGGUUACAGAGAGAGCAUGGCUCCUUAAUCUCACCAACUCCAGGGCUUAAGAAACGGCGGAUCGCUUGA